CUGAUUAUCUACAACUCAAACACUUUUAUUUCAAAAUGCCUUUGCCACUUUUCGGAAAAAAGCCACAAGUCACCGGCUGAUGUUGUAAAACAACUACGAGAUGCACUUCUUAUUAUUGAUAAGGUCAGUUUUUUUUGUUAUUUUAAGCGUGAUUAACCAAUAGAUUAAAAAAUUGACAACUUUCGAAAAAAAAAACAAAUCGAAAAAAUGUUUAAUGCUCAUUUUUCAGAGCACAAGUACCGAAAAGAAGACCGAUAAGGCUCUUGAAGAUGUGUCUAAGAAUUUGCAAAUGGUGAAAACGUUCAUUUAUGGAAGUGAUGGUCAAGAACCACAUGGUGAUCAAGUUGCUCAACUCGCUCAAGAAGUCUACAAUGCAAAUAUUCUACCAAUGCUCAUCAAACAUUUGUCGAAAUUCGAAUUCGAGUGCAAAAAAGAUGUUGGUCAGAUUUUCAACAAUCUUCUUCGUCGUCAAAUCGGAACUCGUAGUCCAACCGUCGAAUAUCUUGGAGCUCGACCAGAUAUUCUCAUUCAACUUGUUAAAGGGUAAGAAAAAUAGUGAUAAAUUAGAAAAAAAACUCAUAUGUUAUUUUUAUAGAUAUUCGCAUCCGGAUAUUGCAUUAACAUGUGGUUUGAUGCUCCGUGAAAGUAUUCGUCAUGAUCAUUUGGCAAAAAUUGUUCUUUACUCUGAUCAUUUCUUCUUCUUCUUUAACUAUGUGCAGAGCGAAGUGUUCGAUAUUGCAUCUGAUGCAUUUUCGACAUUCAAGGAUCUUGUCACCAAACACAAAUCAAUGUGCGCUGAAUUUUUGGAUAAGAAUUACGACAAGUUUUUUAGUGAGUGAAUUUUGUAGGGUAAAUUGAAUUGGAAAAUACGUUCCCAGAAAUAAAAAUGAAAGUUCCCACGUUUAAGUGGAUUGUUACAGUGUAUUGUAUGGAACAUUUAUUUUUAAAUAAGGUUUUUUAUGUGGGACCCUGUUCAAAAAACUAUCAAAAAAUGUUGAACGUUUUUGUUUCAAAGAGCACUUCUCACUUUUCGAUAAAAAUCUUAAUCUGGUCUGGAAACCUACCAAUUCAUAUAGGACAUAUAAAAUUUGAAUUCCUAUUUUUUCAGCUAACUAUCAACAACUUCUCAACUCGAAAAACUAUGUAACAAGAAGACAAUCAUUGAAGCUAUUGGGUGAGCUCUUGCUGGAUCGCCACAAUUUCAACAUUAUGACAAAGUACAUUUCAAAUCCGGAAAACUUGAAACUAAUGAUGGAACUGUUGCGUGAUAGAAGUCGCAAUAUUCAAUACGAAGCAUUCCACGUCUUCAAGGUAGCAUUUUCUUUAAACAAAAACUAUGUGAAUGAAAAAUAAAUAGCGUUUUCAGGUUUUUGUCGCCAAUCCAAACAAGCCUCGUCCAAUUUCGGAUAUCUUGAACAGAAAUCGUGAAAAAUUGGUUGAUUUUCUGUCGGAAUUCCACAAUGAUCGAACUGAUGAUGAGCAAUUUAAUGAUGAAAAGGCUUACCUUAUCAAACAGAUUCAAGAGAUGAAAGCCUAAUUAAAACAACUUGUACACAUUUCUUUCCCUUUCAUAUUUUCACAAAUUUAGGUCUCUUCAAAGCAUUAUUCAUGCCAUUGUAGUCUUUUUAUUUUCUAUUACUAAGCUCUAGAUGUUCUGUCUGUGUGUUUUGGUGCUUUGUGAACCAGUACAAAAUUGGUUUUGGUCCCACAAAUUUUCCAUUUAUCCUCUAUACAUACUAGGUUUAGGGUUUUUACUUAUUCAAUUUUCAUUUUGUGAAUAUUCAAAACUUCUUUCCACUCUCACACAGCGUCACUUUAAAUUUUAUAUAUUUUUAUCCCCCUUUCUUCCCCUGUUUUUUACAUGUGUUAGAUGAGAAUUAGAAACUGGUAGCCCUUCUCAAUUGUUCUUUUGUCAAGCCAAUCAAAAACAAUUCCACCCGUCCAACUUUCUUUGGUUAUUUUUUCCUGACCUAUAGGUUUUUGUCUUCACCGGAUUCUAUAGAAAAAGCGGAGUAGUCAUAUCAAAUGGCUCAAUUAUGCGGUUCCACUAUUUUUUUCGUCUAAAAACUGAUACGUUUUUAUUGUUUUUUCUUAUUUGAUUUUUUUUGGUAAAAUAAAAAUAAUUUAUAAUUUUGUUGGUUUUUUUUCAAACGGAAGCAAAGCAGAAAAAAUGAUUUAUCAACAAAAAAUCGAAUUCAUUUCUUUCAAGAUGGCGUUUUUGUUUGUUUAUUCGUUUUGAAAUCUGAACCACAGACAUGAAAAAAGAUGAAAGUUCAAGAAAACAUUGAUUUUAGAAAAAUGAAACAUUUAUAAUAGCAUGAAUUAUUAUGGAAACGCGAAUGACUGGGUCAAUUAGAAAAUAUUUCAAAAAACCCUGAAACCUUUUGAGAAUAAAAUGGGACAGUUACUCUUUAUCAUGCGCCGAAGGUCUCAACAUUGACAAACUCAGCUUCAAAACAAAUAUUCAUAAUAAUUAAAAAAAUUAUUCUUACCAACUACUAUAUUUUUUUGAAACUUUUCUGAAAAAAAGAAAAAAAACAAUUUUCAAAAAUUUUGAUUCAUUAACAUUCAUCAAAAUCUAAAGUGUGUUUGACUAACAAAAUCAAAACAAACAAAGCUUUUUGAUGUAACGAAGAUAUCAUUUAUGUUACUAUCCCAAUGAAAUUUAUUAUUUUCAUCAAUAUUUUUAUUUUAUUCUUACUCACAUCAUUCAUUAAUAUUUCAAACUGCAGCAAAGCCGAGAAUCGGUUAUACAAGUGAGAUUUUUUUUCGAAUAAUAAUUAUUUCAUGUUCGAAAUGUGAGGAAAAUAAUUUUCAGGGAAAUUCUUGCGGGAUAUUUGAAACUAGCAAGACCUGUUAGAAAUCCAAAAGAUGCUUUGAAAGUUCAUAUGAAAGUUUUUCUUCAGCAAAUUUUGAAUUUGGUAAUUUUACAGAACAAAAAGACAUUAAAAAACUAUUGUUUGUAGGAUGGAAAAAACCAAAUAAUUGAGGUGAAUGCUUGGUUGAAAUAUGUCUGGAUGGAUUAUCGAUUACGAUGGGAUCCGAAAAAAUACGAUAAUAUAACAAGUAUACGAUUUGCAGGAGGAGAAAAUCAAAUUUGGAGACCUGAUGUUUUAUUAUAUAAUAGUGCUAACGAAGAUUUUGAUUCAAGUUUCAAAUCGAAUGAAGUAGUUUAUAACACAGGGGAAGUUAAUUGGAUACCUCCUGGUAUUUUUCGAGCGAGUUGUAAGAUGGAUAUCACAUAUUUCCCAUUCGAUGAUCAAGUUUGUUAUCUCAAGUUUGGAUCUUGGACAUAUCACGGACUUGCAUUAGAUUUGAGUAUUAUUGCUGAAGAAGAUGAUGAAGAAUAUUCGAUCGAUUUAUCAACAUAUACACCAAGUGGUGAAUGGUUACUUUUAAAGGCACCUGCCAUUAAAGAUAUAAAAUAUAAUUCAUGUUGUCCGGAACCUUAUUCAACCGUGACAUUCUACAUGUUUUUGAGGUUAGAGAACACAACACAAACUAAUUAAAAAUGUAUAGAAACUUGCUAUUAGUCGCAAAGUUUUCAUGCAAAAAGGGGUCAACAAAUUCGCAGUUCAAGAAAAAUGAAUACAUUCUCAGGAGAAGAACACUGUUCUAUCUAUUCAAUGUGAUUUUGCCAUCUCUGCUGAUUUCGAUUAUGACGUUAAUGGGAUUUUGUCUUCCAGCUCAUGACAUGUCCGAAAAAAUUGGUUAUCGUGAGUUAUUUGAUUUUUGAAACCUGUUCAAUUUGGAAUUCUUAUUUAUUGCUAAAAUUAAAUUCAAAGGUGAACGUUGAUGAGCAGGGCUGGUUUGAACGUUUUUACCAGAAUCGGGAAAUUUUUCAUUAAAAAAACUUCAUCGGAUAUUUCAAGCUUUUUCUAGAAACCACAAUUCUUCUGUCAAUAUGUUUCUUUGUCACAAUUGUCAGUGAAAUGACACCACCAACGUCCGAAUCUGUGCCUCUUUUAGGUUAGUUUGACAUUCAGAGCAGAACCCUUAAAGAAAAAAAUUCAGGUAUGUUUUUCUCAUCGUUAACCUUGAUUAGUGCUGUAUCAACUGCUUUUACCAUCACAGUUUUGAAUUUUCGAUAUCGACAAGUUCAAAAUAUUCAUAUGCACCCAGUGGUAAGUCAUUACAAUCAACCUUUAAUAUCAGUGUUUUUUUUCAGUUUUAUAAAGUGUUCUUGAUUUAUAUUCCAUGGCUACUUUUAAUGAAACGUCCUGGUGUUUAUUAUAAGAAACGAAAAGCCACAACUUGUGAGCGAGAUGAUGAAUCGUUUUUUGAAAAUUGCGAAGAUGAGGUGAGGCAAAACGAAUGAGCAAAAAAGGCAAAGAUUGUUAUCUGCUUUUUGACUUGUUUUGGUUUUAAAAGUUCAAAUAAGGGGGUCUCAAGGAAUUACAUGGUGGUUUUUCUUGAAAAAUAUUAAAGUGAGAGAAAAUCAACACCGUAGAACAAACACAGUUAGGUUUUUUUUGAGUCAUUUCAUUCAAUUCUGUUUAGUGUUCGAAAUAAUAAAGUUGUGAUGAACAAUGCCUGUUCGUAUUUUUGAGAGAACGGACACACGUUUUGAAAUUAUUUGACAUAUAAUUUUCAUAUUUUCAGUGUUGCCCGACUGAUCACGACUAUUAUGAAUUCAACAAUUCCCUAUCAAUCGACAGUGCUGAAACUCUACCCUUACCCCCACGACCUCGACCACUUCUAAAAAAACUAGCCAGUGUUCCAGCUGAACAUUUGCGACUUGAUAGAAAAGUUGGAGACGGAAUUCUGAAAAGUCAAAAAAGACCUCUUGUUUUUUCGAAAAAUUUGAGCAAGAGUGAUUCUUUGAGGAAAAGACGAUAUUUACAAUUUGAAAAAUAUGUGAAACGAUGUAUUGAUGAUGCUAAAAUGAGAAGUUUGAAAUUAAUUCAAAAGAUUUGUGAUAAUUCAAUUUCUAUUUUUUGCAGAAGGUUCAACUUAUUCAACAUAUGCUAUGACAAUAAUUUCAUAUUAUCGAAAUAUUGAUGGAAUGCUGAAAUCAUUGAACGGUCGAUUAGAUAAACAAAAAGAGUACUUGUUCAAACAGGUGAGUGGUAUUUUUAUCUGUUUUGAUAACAAAUGUUUUAUUGCGCCCACUUUAUGGGCGCGCAAAAUGAUAUCAUCGUUUUGUUAAAUCAUUUUAGGGAUUUUGAAAAUAAUCAUUUUUUCAGGAAGAUUGGAAAUUUGCAGCAAUGGCUUUGGAUCGAUUCUGCUUGUUACUUGUGACUGUUCUCGUUGUUGUGUGUAUUUUUGGCAUGUGUUUUUCGACGCCUCAUUUUGAUAUUUAG